AAUGUUCCUCUUCUAGAACUUGCCUGGGCCAUUGGCUUUUUCCUCUUAGAAGAAAGGAACUUUGCUGGAAACAGAUCCAACUAUGCUUUGACCUGUUGGUAGAAAGGACCAUGUCCUGGGGACAGAGACAUCCAAACAAUGCCUUACACACCGCCUGGGAGCCUGCCAUCAAGCCAACCCUCCACUAACAGCUCCUGGACAGUCAGUACUGAAACAGUACAGACAGUGCCCUCAAGCCGGGACACACGGUGACUAAACAGACUGUGAGUCAAACGGUGCAUGUGUGUGUGGAUGUUUUCACGGGAGGAGGUGCUCACCCAGGCAGGUGUCCCAUGCCAUGCGAGCUGACGCCCCGGGGUCUUCACCACCAGCCCAGCCCCCUAGCAGCUUGGUGUGUGCCUUCUCCUUCCUCUCCAUCCUGAGCAGGAGUCCCCCUUACAGAAAGGGGCAUGACUCCAGGAGACAUGUUUACUUCUUAAUUGAUACAUCAUUUUUUUUUUUUUGAAAAAGAAAUCACUGCGGUAACCCACAGCAGAAAGGAAACUCAUACAACAAGCAAAAUCUUUCCUUAAAGCCUCCUGAUGACUACUAUGCAAACCAGUUAUGUAACAGAUUCUUACAAGGCGAUUGACAUACAUUCUUCUCAUCUUUAGAGUAUUAUCAUUACAAAUGAGGAAAGGCUCAACAAGUUGCCCAGAUCCCAGCAGCCUUGGACUUGUCAAUCUUGUCUUCAGACUUCUCUCACUUAAUUUCUCUCCCAGCUCAGCGGUUCCAUGUAUACCCAAGCCACUUUUCUUCCUAUUCCAUGGUAACCUGUAAGUUCUUCAACGUUACAGUCCUGUGUACCUAUCAGCUCACGUGGCAUGAAAGCAUGACAGACUCGGACAGGCCCCAGAGGCGCCAGCUGUGUUUUUUAUCCACACUGCUUUCCCAGAAGGUCCCAGAGAGGUCUGCCGCUGUGCUUCGCUGCAUAAUAGCUGGGCAGCCUAAGCCAGAGGUAACUUGGUAUAAGAACGGUCAAGCCAUAGAGGAAUGUGGCAUCAUUUCCAGCUAUGAGUUCUUUGAAGAUCAGUAUAUUCAUUUGUUACAACUCUCUUGCUGUACCCAGCACGAUGCUGCCGUUUAUCAAGUGUCAGCCAGAAACGACCUGGGGAUGGUCUGCUGCUCUGCUUCUCUGGAGGUGGAGUCUGCGUCAGAAACCCCACCGGCUUCUCCUGCCGGGGGAGGUCGGGGUGGCACGGGGCAGACAUGUGAAAGAGACACGGAUGAGGAAGAACAGCCUUGUAAGGAAGGAGAGAGCAUCUCCCCAGAGACUCCCACGUCACCCGAUUCCUCCCCCGCCAAACUCAACGACCUCUUACACUCACCCCAGGUAUUGGCCGAUCCUGACAAUGGCUCACGGGCCUCUGACAAUCCCCUCGAUGUUAGAGGAACGAGGCCAACUGCAGUGGCUUCUGAUCCAAGGAACACGGGAGACAGUUCCCUUCCUUCAAAUAAUACUCCUGGAAGCUGUGUCAGAUAUCAGCACCGGACAGUGCAUUCCACAGAUGAUGGCCCACGCGAUGACAGCCCUCAUGAAGAGCCCUCCACCCCGAGUCAUCCAAACCCCAAAGCACACAAGUACAUCAGCUUCAGCCUCCCGCUGUCCGAGGCGACUGCGGGCAUUUACCCAGAUGACCGCCCAGCGGGCUCCCGGCACUUCCCCCACCAGCUCUCCAGCGGAGACUCGGACAGCGACUAUGAACUUUGCCCAGAGAUAACCUUAACCUGCACAGAGGAGUUUUCAGAUGAUGACCUGGAGUAUCUGGAAUGUUCCGAUGUGAUGACGGAUUCCUCUAAUGCAGUUUGGCAAGGGAGCCUGCAAGGGACUGGGCGUGCUUUUUUAUUCGAAAGCGAUGACGAAGAGCUGGAAUUGAGCGAGUGUGGCCUGGGUGGGGGUGAGCGUUUCCUCAGUGAAAUGGGUUGUGGGCCUCAGGUGUCGGGUGACAGGGAGCUUAUGGAUGCCACCCCUGGCUUCCGCGGUGAUCACUCACAGUCCCCAGGAGUGGGUAUCGGGAGCAGCAGAGCCUCCAUGCUCAGUCCUUCAGCCCCACCGAGAGGCAUGACCCUCACCCUGGGCCCUCACCAGGACGGAGCAGCGGCUCCCUUCCCCAGUGCUCUCGAGGUGGCUGAGCAUGCGUGUCCAGGAAUUCAAGGAGAAACCAGAGACAGCCACCACGCAGGAGAGGAAUCCACCCGGGACGACCUGCUCCGCGAGGAUAAGGCAGCGAGAGAGGCAGAGGGGAAGCCUUUGUCUGGGGGGUCAGGCACGUCAGAGAUGAAGCAGAGUCCCGUGAGCCCGGCUGAGGAGACAUCGGAAAGACAUGCAGGAAGCAGGAGGGGCACCCCGAGACCCACCAAAGGAGGGUGCCCCAGAAUGAAGGGAAAUGCCAAGAAGCUAAUCUGGAAGGAAAGCUCCCCAGAGGGAACCCUAAAUCCCCCUUCCCAGGAACCCAGGACUCACCCCCGGACCCAGAGCAAUCAAAAACAGACUUUGCACACCAAAGCUAGACAUCGCCGUCAGAAUUCCCACCUCCACCUCCGAUCCUGUGCUACAUCCCCCACGACAGAGCGAGACUCACUCUCCAAGGAAGAGGACCCACGCUUCCAGGGAGAAAGGGUGCAGGCUUAUGACUUAUUUGAGACACACCGAAUUCCAGACCACAGCCAUCAUCUUCAGGUGCAAAUUCCAGAGAGAGGUUCUUCCAGCCAGAUGCCACCUUCCUCAGAUCCGCCUGCGGAGGAGUCUCCCUCCACCGGGACCACAACGAAUCUCCUCUCCAACUCAGAAGGAACUCACAAGGAAGAGCCACCACUGGCCCAAUACCUGGAGUUGGACAACUGUACUCGAGACCCAUCACAGACAGAAAAACAAGACAGAGAAGGCAGUCCACCUAGCCGGACCUGGGCAGACCUAGGACAUGAGCUGAACAUCCCAGAAACCAAUGAUGAAAAUACGUACCCCGCUGCAUCCGCAACACCUCCCCCCCAGGAGGCCAGCCAUGCCUGCAAUGAGCCUGAGCCUCUCUGUAUUGCUUCCCAGGAGCCCCUAGAGGCUGCCCUGCCCCUGGCCAAUCCAUGCGGUGAGCCACGGGGCCGAGACGCAGCGAGCAUGACGGAGUGUUUUGAAGCUGGUGACCAGGGCACAUGUUAUGAUACCAUGGAUCUUCCUGUUGGAGCACCGGUUGAUAAAUAUUUGCCUCAAGAAAUUUGCUCCAUGGACUUUGAGCGGACAGAAGGUCAAAGCAAAGUAUGUGAUUUAUGUCCUCCCGAUGACAAGAUACUGGCAGUUCUGCCUCCGGCAGCAGCUUCUGAGUCGCCACAGUCCACGUGUGAGAAGAGCAGGGACAGAAACUUGACCACGUCCCCCCUGUGGAUCAGUGCUUUCACCUGGGACAUGUCACAGGGGGCCAGCAAGGGUGUCCCAGGGGCAAAUCUAGCCGAGGUGGAGGACUACCCCUCCAUCUUGGCUUCCACAAUCCAGGCUGUCCAGGAGGGGUCAAACCCCUGUUUCCCAGAAGGCUUUGGGGCAAUUCAUCCCCUUCCUUCUGAGAACGAGUCCUUUGUGUACCACCACGAAGGAGGCAAUGAGAUCCCCAGGCCCAGUACCCCCCUUGUCACGGACACGCCUACCAGGCACUGUUCAGUGCUGAAGGCCCCACGAGAGAGGCCAGCAGCAACAACUGCUAAUUCUGAGUGUCUCCAGGUGGCCAGGGAAACUGAGGACACAUCACCUGUUGCCAUUGCCUCCAAAGUCUACCCAGCCAAAUACUACACUGUUUCAGUGUCUGAAGACAGCCAAUUAGAUGGGACUGAGGAAAGUUCACCUGAGGCAUCAGAUGUAAACCACUACCAACCUCCUCCCAGUGUAGAGUCAGGUCAUAUUUUAAGUGGUUCUAUGACUGAAUCCACCGGAGGGCUACUUUGCCUGACCCCCAGUGUUCCAGAAGUCUCUGGUCUAGAGGGAGAGGAAUUUUGUAGCAAUUCUCCUCUUCAAACCGAUGACCAGUCCUUGGAUGAGAGCCAGAUGGGGUUUGGAGCAGAUAACGGCUUUGAAGAAGAUUUCCAAGAAAAAGGAAGUGAAAGGAAGCAGAGAACCCAAGCAGACAGCCUGCCCUACCACAGUUCCCUUUCUGCACCUGAUUUCCAAGAAAGUUUGUCCCAAUCAUCUGCUGCGCAGAAGGAAGACACCUUAGUGCCCUCAGAGCUCUGUCCAGAAAAUUCCAGGGAAGAGACAGGGUUCAGCUCUUCCCUGGAGCCCACCGUCCCCGUGGUGGCAGAAGCAGUCAUGGAAGAACACAUCCAGACACUGAGCAAUGUUCCAUCUCUCUCUGAAAUCCUCCUAGGGGAGUCUCGAGCCAUCGGACUAGGAAAUUGGGGAGCAGGUAACAAGGUGAAGAUUAUAACCCUAGAGAUUCCGGAUUCUGAAGUUUGGCCCUCAAGGCAAGUGACAGACCCUGACUGCAAAGAGACAGAAGUUGGUUCCACAGUCCUUGGCAGGGCCUGGGCUCUACCUGACGUCCUGAAAGCAGAUGCUGCUGGGGCAGAUCCAGUCCCCUGGGGGGACGUGGCAGGGGCUCUAAGUCCAGUCCUGGGUAACAACUGGAAAAUGGGCGAAGGUGACACACCAGCCAGGAUCAAAUAUUGGGGUAGUCUUUCUUCCCAGGGUUUGAGCCAACCCAGGUUCCUGGAGUCAUCAGUGGAUCCUGUGGAGAAAGAGGAAUUAUGUAUCAUAGAUUCCCUAUCCCAGGCUUCAGAAACGGAAGGGAAAGGCGAUGCCAGCAAUGUGAGUCAAGAGCAGGGAGAAAAUCAGCUCAAGAUAGAUAAUUCUACCCACUGUAACCAGUGUCUGACCUUCCCUAACAUCUGGGAAUCCUCUGUAGAUCCAGUUGAUGAAACAGGAGAGACGGAGUAUGCCGGGGCUGAGGAUGCAGAACCUUCGGCGCCCAUAGUGGGGGCCAUUGGAGAGCGGAGUGAAUCCACUGGUGGAAAUGUGGGUCAGGGAGUGCAAGUCCCACCUACCCUUCUGCAAGUUCCAUGUUCCCCAAAGAGUGAGGAAACCAUUCCAGGUGAAAAUAGAACCAACCAAGACCAAGUCGUCAGGGAGAGAGGAGAGGCCGAACUGAGUCAAAAUGAAGCCCCUUGGCAAGCCUCACAUUCUGAGGAGGGUCUGCAAGGGACUCCACGUGCAAGUGGCGUGGGCCAAGUGCAACGAGGCAAUGGCGGAAGCUCAGGGGACGCAGAGCAAUCCGAAAGGGACAUGGCUGAAUUUCUUUCCCCCUCUUCACCUCUUUCUAGCUGUCCUGCAGGAAUGACUCGUGAACCUGUUGAGGUUGAGACUCACUACCCCAUAGGCCCAAUUCACGGCCAAUCUGCAGUUGAUUGUGUUGAGCCCAGGAACCAUCAGCCUGUAUUUUGCAAUGCAGGGGGAAGGGGAAGUACUGAGAAGGAGCAUGGGAAACAUGUGCCCCCUUGCAGUGAUCUUACGCCAUGGCCUUGCCAUUCAUCUCCCCAAGGAAACGUCACAGGCUUUUCAAUAAGUCAGAGCAUGGAGGAACUGAAAACAGAGGAGCUUCAAAUUGGGGAACCCAAGGCCCCAAGUUCAUCUGGCUCCCCAGCAAUGACCUUGGCCCUCCUUUCAGGAGAAUGUGAGUCAGAGAAAGCCCCCGCGGUCCUCCUGGACCCAUGUCAAAAGGGCUCUCUCCUGGGAAGUGGGAAAAAGUUCAAGGAGAAGGAGAAGUCUAGCCACAUGGCUGCCCAAGCUGGCAAAUUAGCAGGGGCCCGAUCGUCAGCGGCUAGGUCAGAGGAGAUCAAGAAGAAGCAAGAAACCUCAGGAAGUGGCCAUGUAGCUGAAGGAGUAAAGAAGAAAAUUCUGUCCCGGGUGGCUGCCCUGAGAUUGAGAUUGGAAGAGAAGGAAAAUGUCAGAAAGAACUCAGGUCUUCCUAAAAAAAUACCUAAGCUGGAAAAAUCAUUAUCACGCACCACUGAGAAAAAAGAACCCAGAAAGGCACCUUGCAAAAGAGAAGGAAAAGCUCCAAUAUUGUUGAAAAAGAUCCAAGCAGAGAUGUUCCCUGACCAUUCUGGAAAUGUAACAUUGAGCUGCCAGUUUGCAGAAAUUCACGAAGAUUCUACUAUCUGGUGGACAAAAGAUUCCAAGUCAAUAGCCCAAGUCCAGAAAAGCGCAGGAGACAACUCCAGUGUGUCCUUGGCCAUCGUUCAAGCCGGGCAGAAGGACGAAGGCCUCUAUUACUGCUGCAUCAAGAACAGUUAUGGGAAUGUCGGUGCUGAGUUUAACCUCACGGCUGAAGUGCUCCAGCAACUCUCAAGCCUCCGGGAGAGUAAAGGAUGCGAAGAGAUCGAAUUCAGCCAGCUCAUCUUCAGAGAGGACUUCCUCAAUGACAGCUACUUUGGGGACCACUUACGUGGCCAGAUCUCCACGGAGGAGUUGCACUUCGGGGAGGGGGUGCACCGUAAAGCCUUCCGCAGCACUGUGAUGCAGGGCCUCAUGCCGGUCUUCCAGCCCGGCCAUUCCUGCGUGCUCAAGGUGCACAAUGCCAUCGCCCAUGGGACCAGAAACAACGCUGAGCUUGUGCAGAGGAACUACAAACUCGCUGCCCAGGAAUGCUAUGUUCAAAAUACUGCUCGACACUAUGCCAAGAUCUACGCGGCGGAGGCUCAGCCUCUGGAAGGCUUUGGAGAAGUGCCGGAAAUCAUUCCUAUUUUCCUUAUCCAUCGGCCUGAGAACAACAUCCCUUAUGCCACCGUGGAAGAGGAGCUGAUUGGUGAAUUCGUGAAGUACUCCAUCCGAGAUGGGAAGGAAAUCAAUUUCUUGAGAAGAGACUCAGAGGCUGGGCAGAAAUGCUGCACCUUCCAGCACUGGGUGUAUGAGAAAACUAGCGGCUGCCUCCUGGUCACAGACAUGCAGGGUGUAGGAAUGAAGUUAACUGACGUUGGCAUAGCAACACUGGCUAAAGGGUACAAAGGAUUUAAAGGCAACUGCUCCAUGACGUUCAUCGAUCAGUUUAAGGCGUUACACCAGUGUAACAAGUAUUGCCACAUGCUAGGGCUGAAAUCCCUUCCAAGCAGCAGCCAGAAGCCUAAGAAGCCGAGCACGGGGAAAAGCAGAGUUCAGACAAGCUCCACGGCGGUGAAGAAACCAGGACCUGGGAUCCCAGCAGAGAAGAAAGCGUAGUGCAUGCCACCUCUUAGCCACCCGCGGCCACCAGCUAGCAGCACAGGAGGUGGGAGUGGACAUUCGUGGCCAUGCAGGAGACAGCGACACGCAGGCUCUGCCCAGCCAGCUGGGCCCCACGAGGCUUCCUCGCUCUCACCUCCCAUCUGCUGCCGUGACUUUAGGACAGGAUUCAUGACCAGACUUGCGCAGAGACCCGUCCAUUGGCAGUCUCAAAGACAGUCCACUCUUUCGUUAACCAGCGAGUGUUCCUAGGAACCUCACGUCGUGCGUCAUUGGUAUAUUUGCACGUGGUUUGUUGUCAAGGACUUGGUGCUGUGCACGUUUCUUUAUAUCCCUCCCCCCCCCCCACACCAUUUCUAGGCAUAUCCAGCUGUGAUGUGAACAGAAAUCAUGAACGUGACGUCACGCUG